UAGCAAGUCCGGGAGCAUUAGCAGCUUCAGAACUUUCGCCCUUCAAAUGAUCAAGGCAUAUCCAGGUGUUUACAUGCGACAAGACGUUCCGUCAAAGCAACUCAUGCAUACGCCUAGCGUUGCAUCCGUAAGAGACGAGAGCCCUCUGACUUAGCAGAAAUACUUUGAUUCUAUCAUUCCCACGCCAUACAAACAGAGCUUGGAACUUUCACCUACAGCCAACAUGAGUAAUAUGGUACCAUCUCAACCGUCGUCACUGGCCAUUGCCAGCGGUAUUCUCUUCUUUGGAGCCUACGUCUUCUACAGGUGGCUUCUGCCCAAGCCGAUCACGGGCAUACCAUACAACACCAAGGCCACGAAAUCGAUAUUUGGUGACCUUCCAGACAUGCUGGAGCAUCUCAAGCACAGCAAGGCAGUGACCGAUUGGAUGGAGGGACAUAACCAUAGGCACAACUCCCCGAUCGUCCAAGUCUUCUUCUACUUGUUUCAAAAGCCAGUAGUCAUCAUCAACGAUUUCAAAGAGGCACAAGAUAUCCUGAUGCGUCGAGGCAAGGAGUUCGACAAGCCAGAUAUGAUCAGCGAUCUUCUCUACGGUCUCGCUCGUGAGCAUCAUUCAACGUUGAAGUCAAACGAUGAUCGGUUCAAGUCGCAGCGCAAAUGGCUGCAGGACCUCAUGUCGCAAUCGUUCCUCCAUGGUGUCACUGGUCCUCAUCUUCACAAGACUUUCAUGGAGUUGAUCCAACUAUGGCAGGAGAAGAUGAGGCUAUCUGGGCCGGAACACCAUCCCUUUCUGGUAAAGCCUGACAUCACUCACUCUGCGCUCGAAGCAAUCUGGGCAGCUAUGUUCGGUACUGGCGAGACGGCGACCAUCACGAUGAGACAGAUCGAUCUGCUGUCUUCGCUCAAACCAGAAUCUAUCCAAGUUCACCCCGAUGGUGCUCUGGACAUACCCGAAGCAGAUCGGGCGCCAACCUUUGAUGCCAUAUUGCGGCUCACCGACACGUUCGAAGGGGUACUGAAGUCACCAUUCCCUCGAAUCUAUGGAUGGUUUUUGCCAUACCGAUUUGCCAACCUGGUAAAGCUGAAGAACAACUUGAUCAUAGAUGAGAUCAGAAAGGCCGAGCGAAGGAUGCACGACAUCAAUGGCGAACAGGGCAAGGUAUUCAACGCUGUGGACCACAUGCUACACAGGGAGUCACAGCAGGCUGCAAAGGAAGGCAAGAAGCCUCAAUACUACUCCAAGCCCAUGAUUGCAGAGAUAUUCGGUCUUCUGGUCGCUGGACACGAUACGACCUCUACCACAUUGAUGUGGUCUCUAAAGUGGCUCGCUGGCCAUCCCACAGUCCAGUCCAAGCUCCGUACCGAACUCCGCGACGCCUACUCUGCAGCCUUCGCUGAAGGGCGCGUCCCUACUUCUCACGAGAUCACCACAACUCCUGUCCACUAUCUUGAUGCCUCAAUUGAAGAAUUAGUGCGUUGCAGUCAGACCGCUGCCAUCACAUCUCGGACAAGCACAACGAACGCCGUCGUCCUGGGUCACGUCAUCCCGAAAGGAACCAGAGUCAUAAUGCUAGGUCAAUCUGCAGGCAUACUGAAACCGUCACACAAUAUUCCAGAUUCGCUUCGCUCCCCUACCUACCACAGUGCUGGAGGUGGCAAGAUCGGCGCCUGGGACGAGACAUCAGCCGAGGAGAUGGCAGCUUUCAAACCCGACCGCUGGCUCAAAACUGAGGCUGAUGGUAGUAAAGUCUUUGAUGCAACGCUUGGUCCACAUCUGGGGUUUGGUGCGGGUCCACGCGGUUGCUUUGGACGCAAGCUAGCAUACCUUGAGCUGAGGUUAGCGAUAGUUCUGAUCUUAUGGCACUUUGAGCUGCAGAAGGUUCCCGACAACCUCGAUAGUUACGAGCCUAUCGAGCAGCUCACCCACAACCCGAUCCAGUGCUACGUUAGGCUCGCUCCGGCGCCAUAAAGAUUGCCUUUGGUCGGUUUUCAGGUGUGUUUGUAGAGAGGGUCUUGACUGUCUCGAGGUUGAUUAGAAUGAUGCAGGUCUCAUGUUAAGUUCUAG